GUGGAGGAAGACAGGUGCCCCUCCGGCAUGAAGACAGACUCGCUUAGUCGUCAGUCAUUUAAGCUGAGUGCAUUGUGAUUUCCAAUAAUUGAGGCAGUGGUUCUAAAAGCUGUCUACAUUAAUGAAAAGAGCAAUGUGGCCAGCUUGACUAAGCCGCAGCGCGGGCAGGACGGCACCUGGGUCUCGACGGACUUGUGCAUGUUAGCUGUGUAGAUUUAUGUAAGGUUUUUUUUUUUUUUGUUUUUUUUGUUUUUGUUUUUUUUUUAAAACUCUGGUCUUUUAAACUAGUCUUAAGCACUUUUACUAUGGAGACGUGUGAGAGCCCCUGUCCUCUCCCGCGUGAGCCCGCAGGAGGAGCGGUCAUGGAGAACCCAGCUUGCCCCCUCCCAGCGCUGCCCCAUGGACAGUCUCCACCACCUCCCCUGCAAACGUCCAGUGAUGCAGAGGUAAUGGACGUUGGCUCUGGUGGUGAUGGACAGGCCGAACCCCCUGCCGAGGACCCGCUCGACUUCUACGGAGCUUCUCUUCUCUCCAAAGGAUCCUUCUCUAAGGCCCGCCUCCUCGUAGACCCGAACUGUAGUGGCCACAGCCCACGCACUGCCCGGCACGCACCUGCGGUCCGGAAGUUCUCCCCUGACCUUAAGUUGCUUAAGGAUGUAAAGAUUAGCGUGAGCUUUACCGAGAGCUGCAGGAGUAAGGACAGGAAGGUGCUGUUCACGGGAGCGGAGCGCGACGCGCGGGCAGAAUGCACCCUGGCCCUUAGCCCUGUCAGUGGAGACGUGCAUGCUUGUCCUUUUGGCGGGAGCAUUGGUAACGGGGUAGGCAUAGGGAGUGAGAGUGCUGAUAAGAAGGAUGAGGAGAAUGAGCUGGAUCAGGAAAAGAGAGUGGAGUAUGCAGUGCUGGAUGAGUUAGAAGAUUUUACUGACAAUUUGGAGCUAGAUGAAGAAGGAACAGGCGGGUUCACGGCUAAAGCGAUCGUGCAGAGAGACAGAGUGGAUGAAGAGGCCUUGAAUUUCUCCUAUGAGGACGACUUUGACAAUGAUGUUGAUGCUCUGCUGGAAGAGGGCCUCUGUGCCCCCAAGAAGAGGAGGAUGGAGGAGAAGUACGGAGGAGACAGCGACCACCCGUCCGACGGGGAGACAAGUGUGCAGCCGAUGAUGACCAAGAUUAAAACCGUGCUCAAAAGCCGCGGCCGCCCGCCGACAGAACCGCUGCCCGAUGGGUGGAUCAUGACGUUCCAUAACUCUGGAGUCCCCGUGUACCUACACAGAGAGUCUCGAGUAGUCACCUGGUCCAGGCCCUACUUUUUGGGCACGGGAAGCAUACGGAAACACGACCCCCCUCUGAGCAGCAUCCCCUGCCUGCAUUAUAAGAAGAUGAAGGACAGUGAGGAAAGGGAGCAGAACCGGGAACUCGCCCCUGGUGGGGAGGUAUCCCCUGCCAAGCCCCCGGGCCGAUCUGCGGAGCUGGAGCUCCCCAUGGAAGAGCCCGACUCCUUGGGGGCCGAUUCAGGGCCCCCAGACGAGAAAGACACACUGGGGGCCGAGGCCGCACCUGGGGCCCUGGGGCAGGUGAAGGCCAAGGUGGAGGUGUGCAAAGAUGAAUCGGUUGACCUCGAGGAAUUUCGGAACUACCUGGAGAAGCGCUUUGACUUCGAGCAAGUCACCGUGAAGAAGUUCCGGACAUGGGCUGAGCGUCGCCAGUUCAACAGAGAAAUGAAGCGAAAGCAGGCAGAGUCGGAGAGGCCCAUCCUGCCGGCCAAUCAGAAGCUUAUCACCUUGUCUGUGCAGGACGCGCCCACGAAGAAAGAGUUUGUCAUCAACCCCAACGGGAAGUCCGAGGUCUGCAUCCUGCACGAAUACAUGCAGCGCGUCCUCAAGGUCCGUCCCGUGUACAACUUCUUCGAAUGUGAGAACCCAAGUGAACCUUUUGGUGCCUCGGUGACCAUUGAUGGUGUGACCUAUGGAUCUGGAACUGCAAGCAGCAAAAAACUUGCAAAGAAUAAAGCUGCCCGGGCUACGCUGGAAAUCCUCAUCCCUGACUUUGUUAAACAGACCUCUGAGGAGAAGCCCAAAGACAGUGAGGAGCUGGAGUAUUUUAACCACAUCAGCAUCGAGGACUCACGGGUCUAUGAACUGACCAGCAAGGCCGGACUGCUGUCUCCCUACCAGAUCCUCCAUGAGUGCCUUAAAAGAAACCAUGGGAUGGGGGAUACCUCUAUCAAGUUUGAAGUGGUUCCUGGUAAAAACCAGAAGAGUGAAUAUGUCAUGGCGUGUGGCAAGCACACUGUGCGCGGUUGGUGUAAGAAUAAGCGAGUUGGGAAGCAGUUAGCCUCUCAGAAGAUUCUUCAGCUUCUGCACCCGCAUGUCAAGAACUGGGGGUCUUUGCUGCGCAUGUACGGCCGUGAAAGCAGCAAGAUGGUCAAACAGGAGACUUCGGACAAGAGUGUGAUUGAGCUGCAGCAGUUUGCCCGGAAGAACAAGCCCAACCUGCACAUCCUGAGCAAGCUGCAGGAGGAGAUGCGCAGGCUGGCAGAGGAGAGGGAAGAGACGCGGAAGAAGCCCAAGAUGUCCAUCGUGGCCUCUGCGCAGCCUGGUGGUGAGCCCCUGUGCACUGUGGAUGUGUGAGGUGGUGGCCAGGCUCAGGGGCCGCCUGCUGGGGAGACCUCGCCUGCUCACUCUGUGGCCUUGAGCCUUCAGUCUAAGGGCCUCCCCACCGCAGUGUUUCUGAGGCCGGAGACAGCCAGGGCUAUGCCGCUUUUCCCCGGGGGCCACCCACAGGUCUGGGUGGACGAGCUGAAGCAUCAACUCACCUACCGCACAGGUGGAAGCUGAACGUGCGGAGGUCGCUGUGGACCUCUGCUUGUGCGGACUUGCUACAGACCGGUUUUAUGAAGGUUUUCAUGAAUUUUAGUACAUAACACGCACUGACAAGAAGUGGUGGCAUGAAAUGGGAAGGCCCCAUGCCCGGGGCUCCCAUAGGCACCAGAGGAACCUGGUUAGAAGGCGCACACUAGCACCCCAUCCCCUUCUCCACCUCCUGUGAUUCCUUUUUUCCUCUGAAAAAGUUGGACUAUUUCAGACCCUUUUGGUUUAAAAUAAACACGGUAGCAGAACUAAUUUUCAGAGGUUGCAGGAAAACCAUCAAGGUGACUAUUCUUUACCUUGAAAUGCAUUGCCAGUGGGUGAAGGUGCCUAUCCCUGCCUGGCUUGGGAUGUGGUCCUUUCUGAGUAAGUCUUAAUGCCCCCCCCCUCCCAACAUGCCUUCUCAGACACUGAGGCCCCUCACCUUUGCUGGCCUCUGUUAACUUUUUACUAAAAUUUUGCAGUUAAGUCUGUCUGUCUGCCCAUUGAUUUUUAAAGCUUUUAUGAUAUUUUAGAGUUUGGAGAAACUUUUACAGUGAGAGUAGAAAAUAGAUUUGGAAUCAUGUAGCAGAUAUGAAAAUUAAUGCAUUUUAGCUCACAAACUUAUUUAAAAAGGAAACAAGGACUUUCAGUGCAGUGCAUUCUGUCACAUGCUGGAGUGCCUCUCCAGAGCUGGUGUAUGUGGGGGUGGCACUGGAUUUUAAGAGCAGCUGCCCUGUGCAGCCAGUCCUGGUAACCAACCAGGUGACCCCUGUGGACAGGUGUGGGGUAGGCUGUUCCCACUCCAGUCCUGGGACACACUGGGACUCCUGGCCCUCAGAGCCUUUGGAGGGUGCAGUGUGCCCUCUUGGCACUUCCCUCAUGGAUGGUGUUGGUGGCUGUUUUCAGGAAGAUGUUUUUCUUCCCUCACUUGCCCUGUGACCAGAGUGGCUCCGGUGAUCUUUAUAAAACUCACAAAUCAAGUUGCUGUAAUUACACACUUGCUUGUGUCUUGCCCCAUCUGCAGUUGUGAAUAAUCAUUUGACUGUAACUGCCCUUAAAACAGCCAGAUGCGCCAUUGUGAACCAAAGCUUUGUGCACACUGGAGGCGAGUAAGCCUCACCUUGGCCCCCCACCAAGUCCUUCCUUCCUGUCCCCUGUGUGGGUGCAAGUGUCCUGUGAACACAGCCAUGCUGUUGGGGCAGAAGGCAGGGAGGGCCUGUGCUGAGGUCACCUCCAUGUGGCCAACACCCUUUGCAACCUCCCAGGGGGUGGCUGGGCCAUAGCUCUAAAGAUGAGCCUGGACUGUCUGAACACAUAAAACUGUCUAAAAGG